AGGACACACAACAAAGUCUGGCAGUGGACAACCUUUUCUUUUAUUUUCCUUCUCCGUACAGCCUGCCCCGGGAAUCCUCCCGGCCGAAGCCUCUGUUGGUCCGCUCCCCGCGGCUCCUUGCGUGCUUCUCCCUACAGUCUGUCCCGAAGCCUCUACCGGUCCGCUCUCCGCGGCUCCUUGUGUGCUUCUCCCUACAGUCUGUCCCGAAGCCUCUACCGGUCCGCUCUCCGCGGCUCCUUGCGUGCUUCUUCUGCUUCUUUUGCUUCUUCUUCUUUUCUUGGCGGGAGAGGCACUCACUUUUAUAGGGUUACAGUGGCCAACCAGUUCAAAGCGCGCGAUGCGGGCUGAUUGGCUAACAUCAGUUGUUGCUAGGCAGACUAUCUUACAGGGCGGGUUGUGAAGCAGGAGAUCUUACAGGGCGGGUUGUUUACCAAGCAGGAAGCAGGAGAUCUUACAGGGCGGGUUGUUUACCAAGCAGGAAGCAGGAGAUCUUACAGGGCGGGUUGUUUACCAAGCAGGAAGUAAGCGCCAUCUUAGCACACUCGAUGGGAGGGGUAAUCUAGCUCAGGCUUUGCUCUUUCCUACAGGCCUCACGUCCGCCAAGUAAGGCGACCGGGCUCGGCCGCGGCUCCCAACAGUACAGAUGUCUCUUUGAUAUACUGGUUUCAUUUCCUUUGGAUCUAGACCCAGGAGUGGGAUUUUUGGAUCAUAUGACAUUUCAACUUUCAGUUUGUUGAAGAAUCUCCACACUGUUUUCCCAUGUAUUGAAUUAUAAUACUAUGGACUACAAACAUGCCCAGAUAGCUGAUCAGCUUCCUUGGAUUUUGCUGAUGACACCGGAGAGCUUAGCCUGAAGAUGGAAACACUGGAGUCGGAGCUGACCUGCCCUAUUUGUCUGGAGCUCUUUGAGGACCCUCUCCUGCUGCCCUGCGCACACAGCCUCUGCUUCAACUGUGCCCAUCGCAUCCUGGUGUCACACUGUGCCACCAACGAACCUGUGGAGUCCAUCAGCGCCUUCCAGUGCCCCACGUGCCGGCAUGUCAUCACGCUCAGCCAGCGAGGUCUAGACGGGCUCAAGCGCAACGUCACCCUGCAGAACAUCAUCGACAGAUUUCAGAAAGCAUCAGUGAGCGGGCCCAACUCCCCCAGCGAGACCCGCCGGGAGCGGGCUUUUGACGCCAACACCAUGUCCUCCGCUGAGAAAGUCCUUUGCCAGUUCUGUGACCAGGAUCCUGCCCAGGACGCUGUGAAGACCUGUGUCACUUGCGAAGUGUCCUACUGUGAUGAGUGCCUGAAAGCCACUCACCCGAACAAGAAGCCUUUUACAGGCCAUCGACUGAUUGAGCCCAUCCCGGACUCGCACAUCCGGGGGCUGAUGUGCCUGGAGCACGAGGAUGAGAAGGUGAAUAUGUACUGCGUGACCGAUGACCAGUUAAUCUGUGCCUUGUGUAAACUGGUUGGGCGGCACCGCGAUCAUCAGGUGGCAGCUUUGAGUGAGCGCUAUGACAAAUUGAAGCAAAAUUUAGAGAGUAACCUCACCAACCUUAUUAAGAGGAACACAGAACUGGAGACCCUCUUGGCUAAGCUCAUCCAAACAUGUCAACAUGUUGAAGUCAAUGCAUCACGUCAAGAAGCCAAACUGACAGAGGAGUGUGAUCUUCUCAUUGAGAUCAUUCAACAAAGACGACAAAUCAUUGGAACCAAGAUAAAAGAAGGCAAGGUGAUGAGGCUUCGCAAACUCGCUCAGCAGAUUGCAAACUGCAAGCAGUGUAUUGAGCGAUCAGCAUCACUCAUCUCACAAGCUGAACACUCUCUGAAGGAGAAUGAUCAUGCUCGCUUCCUACAGACAGCAAAGAACAUCACUGAGAGAGUUUCCAUGGCAACUGCAUCCUCCCAGGUCCUAAUUCCUGAAAUCAACCUCAAUGACACAUUUGACACUUUUGCCUUGGAUUUUUCCCGAGAGAAGAAAUUGCUAGAAUGUCUGGAUUACCUUACAGCUCCCAACCCUCCCACAAUUAGAGAAGAGCUCUGCACAGCUUCAUAUGACACCAUCACCGUCCACUGGACUUCGGAUGAUGAAUUCAGUGUGGUCUCCUAUGAGCUCCAGUACACCAUAUUCACUGGACAAGCCAAUGUUGUUAGUCUGUGUAACUCGGCUGACAGUUGGAUGAUUGUGCCCAAUAUUAAGCAGAACCACUACACAGUGCAUGGCCUGCAGAGUGGCACCAAGUACAUCUUCAUGGUCAAGGCCAUCAACCAGGCAGGCAACCGCAGCAGUGAGCCUGGGAAGUUGAAGACAAACAGCCAGCCAUUUAAACUGGACCCCAAAUCUGCUCAUCGAAAACUGAAAGUGUCCCAUGAUAACUUGACAGUAGAACGUGAUGAAUCAUCAUCCAAAAAGAGUCAUACACCUGAACGCUUCACCAGCCAAGGGAGCUAUGGAGUGGCUGGAAAUGUGUUCAUUGACAGUGGCCGGCAUUACUGGGAAGUGGUCAUAAGUGGAAGCACAUGGUAUGCCAUCGGCCUUGCCUAUAAAUCAGCCCCAAAGCAUGAAUGGAUCGGGAAGAACUCUGCGUCCUGGGCCCUCUGCCGCUGCAACAAUAACUGGGUGGUGAGACACAACAGCAAGGAAAUUCCCAUCGAGCCUGCUCCUCACCUCCGGCGUGUCGGCAUCCUGCUGGACUACGAUAACGGCUCCAUUGCCUUCUACGAUGCUUUGAACUCCAUUCACCUCUACACCUUCGAUGUAGCAUUUGCGCAGCCUGUGUGCCCCACCUUCACGGUGUGGAACAAGUGUUUGACGAUUAUAACUGGUCUUCCUAUCCCAGACCAUUUGGACUGCACGGAGCAGCUGCCCUGAGCAUCUGGUCAUCAGAGCUGCUUUCUAGGGAAUAACAAAAGUUUGAGGCCGCUAUUUAGGUGAUGAAGAAAACACAGGCUUCAAGAGUGUAAUUAGAUCUCCCCAGAAAAUGUCCAGAAAUCAACGAAAACGGGGCUCAAAAUAGAUUUCUUUUCUUUUACUGUGUUUUGUACUAAGGGCAGGCUUUAAUAAUUUCUUUUUUUUUUUUUUGUAUUUAGAGGAAAAUAUAGAUUAUUUAUAAAAAGAAACAUAAUCGGGAUUACAACUCUUAGAAAGUUCAUGGUUUUGCACAUUAAGCAGCCCAUAAGUUUACCAGCUCUUACAAGUUUUGUUUCAUCACACUCUAUGGGCCUGCAACGACAACACCACCACCACCAACAGCAACGCACACACCCCUUUUGUAGAUUUGUAUGUUAAAUCACCUUCUCACACAGUAUUUCAUACUGAGCCCAUGGCAGGUCCUAUCACUUCGACAGUGCGUAACAGAAUAUGCAGCUGUUUAAUGAUAAAAAUAAUUUUGAACCCAAUAGGGAAGUAAACAUGCUUUCUUGCUCUGGUUUAACUUGAAGCAUUUUAACUGUAAUGUAAAAAAAUUUAAAUCAUGUAUUUAAUCAACUAGAAUGGAGAGUAAGUGAGAAAGAAAGGAAAUAAUUGACUUUGGUUCUCAGAUUCAGCCAUGGCUCAGUCUUGGCUUUCUGAUGGCGGAUGGGAUAAUGGAAAGAAAGGUUCUGGAACCUUUAUCCAUGUAUUUCCCCAUUUUUUGCAGGGCUAAGAACUCUGGGAUAACAUUAUGAAUGAGAUCACAAUUGAAAAUAGUUGCUUUGAACUCUACAGAUUAACCAAAAGUUCAGGCUGAUUUGUGUUUUAUCAGAAGAAAGAUUUUAUUUCGUGGCAUAAAACUACUUCAUUCUUCUUCCUAGUAGUUUUCUUAGAGCUGCGAAAUUUCUUCACUACAGUUAAUAGUUGACCAAUUUCCCCUUCCCCAAAUCAAGUUUUCUUUUAUCUCUGGGGCUAAGGAAAUAAACACAUAUUGUCAUCAAUGACAUAACCACUUCGGAUUGAUUUUGCUGUUUGGGACAUCAGCACAUGGUCCCAAUCACCACUACCACAUCCAAAUAUAAAUCACUGAAAAACACUUAAUAUUUAUGAGUUAGUAAUGACAAGGGACACUGCAUAAAGUACUGUUCACAAGUAUAUAUGCCUCAAAAGUUAUUAUAAACAUGUGUUUAUUAAACACAUUUUGAAAAUUGUAGAAGUCCCUCUAUAGUAUAGUUUACCAUAGACUUGUAAUAUGAAAAAAAAAAUUCAAGCUCACUAUUUCACAAGAAACCUGCUAAUAAAACUUGCUAAUCAAAUAAAUGUCAGAUAAGAUUCUUUGCAUGCUGAUCCCAACACAUUGUAAUGGUUCCUAAAAUAAGGCUUUCUCAAGUAGUCUUUGGACUGGGACUUAGGCAUUGGUUCUGUCUUGACCAUAUGUGUGACCUCUAAAAAUGGUUUCAAUUGCUAAAAUAUUUAUCUGGGCUACUGAGUCAGCCAUUGACUGAACAGUUGAGUGGAUAUAGACAUUGUUUCUAAAUAAUUUUUUAAACCAGAUCAACCAAUCAUUUCCCUGAAAUAAGUCAAUAGGCCCAUUGUUUCAACAUCACAUGGCCAAAGUUGUAUGAUUGCCAAGCUGAACUUCAUGAAAGACCAAGCCAGUUUCCUGGGUCCUUCUGUCUCUUCUUUAGCAAAUGCUCUCCUUUUUCUUAAUGGAUAGAUUCUAUAUAUUUACUAUAUUAUUUAUACCCAGAUGAAUAUUUUGAUAGCUACUUAAGAUAAUAUCACAUCUAAAAAUGAACAUCUCAAUGGAGAAAAAAUUAAUCAUUCUCUGGCAGCUUAAUAUGAGUUUUUUUACAAUAUGAAAACCCUGUGUGUUCGCCUUCCCUGAAUAAACCAAAAGGGUUGCCUCAGUAAUUUUUACGUACAUUUUGGGUAACUGGAUAAUGGAUAUUUUAAUGCACUUUGUACACUUACAGGUUCUAAAUAAAAGGGUCUAAAACUCAAUUUCUGAGUUUUAAAAAUCAUAGUCUCCAGGUACCAAUAAAUGCUACAGUUUGCCUUAUGAUGCUAGCAUAAAGCAUUUUACUAGAAGGACACUAUUUCCAUGAAUAUAAUGUUUUUUAAUAUCAAGAUGUUACUAAAAUUUUCUCUGCAAGCUAUGUAGGGUAUGUUUGGCUAUUUUUAUAAGGGCAAGACAGAUUAUGUUAUAAUUUUGUGGAAGACUCACUCAUGGCUAAAUUAAAAAUGUGGAUGUAGCAGUUACUCUUUCCAGGUUGUCAUAUUUACAGGAAAAUAUGUAUAUGCUGAAAGGCCACAGUGUUUACUUAAUAACUGUAAUGAUGUAGAAAAGAUUUCCAUGUGGAUUUCUUAAAAGUCUAAAAAAUAUAUGCCGUAAACUUUUACUGCAGUAUAAUUAUGUAUUCUCUUUAAAUGGAUUAAGGUCACAAUAUUUUAUUUUUCAAGGUCUUCACAGGAAGCAUUUUGAUUUAGGGACAAAAGAAAUGACAGUGCCAAAUAAAUUAGCACAACAAACUUGAUGGAAUGCCAACCAAGGUUGCAAGCGCUGGCAUCGCAGAUGUGUGAGCGGCUCAUUGCCUAGAACACAGGGCUCUCUGAGGGGUUGUAAGCUUAGUUUGAUGCUCUCGUUUUACUGUCAUGAAAUUCUUAAUAAUUUUCCAACAAGGGGUCUGCACUUUCAUUUUAUACUGGCCCUGCAAGUUUUGUAGCCAGUCUUUAUAGUGGAACUCAGAAACAUGGUACCUCUUUUUCCAAGUGGAUAGAAAUGCAUAAAUCUAGAUCCAAAGUUGAAAGUUGCUGGCCAUAGCAUUCAAGUAGCAAUCUAAAAGGUGCAUUAAGAUGAGGGUGGGCCUAGCUGAACAUUUUCUUUCCAGCUUUAAGAAAAAAAUGACUUCAAUAACUGACUGCAAACACUGAUGAAGGUUUCUGCUGGAGAAGAAGACACAGCUUGAGUACAAACGGGGUUUUUAUUAUGGUACUGAUAUGUUGACUUUAAGCUUCUUGAGGAACCGAACUAGUGCCCUCCAUUCAACAUGGAAUUGUACCCCAGCUCCAGGCACAUGUAGUGCCUGCAGAGACACGUGCCUGUAUGCUCAUGUUCAUGCAUAUUUGGUGUUGGCAAGCUGACACUUGGCCUUCCUUGAUAAAACAUUAAAAAGCAUACAAAGACAAUGAUGACAGCAAGAGGAAUUUCUUGAAAACAGUGCUUCUCAUCCAGGGCUUGAUUUUGCCCCCAAGGAGACAUUUGGCCACGUCUGGCAUCAAUCUUCAUUGUCAAAAUCUGGGGCAACAGUGCUACUGGCAUCUAGUGGGUAGAGGUCUGGGAUGGCAUUAAAUAUCCUACAGUCCACCAUGUAGUUCCUCACCACACAUAAUUAUCUGGCACAAAUUUCAAGGUCUAUCUUUGUUGGUUGUUGGCUUUUGUAAAUGCAAAACUCUCAUAAAUGCCUUUUACUCUUGCAGUAAAUGAUUCAGUGCCCAAUAAAAGAAAAAGCAGGAAUCAUCAGUUCACUUCACUACAGUGGCUCCCUUACUUUCAAGAAUAUUUAUAAAACGCUGAAGAACUCAAAUCUGUGCAGCAAGCCAAGCCUAUGUAAGUGGGAGUCACUGAUAAGUAUCACGAUCUGUCUGAGCUUAGUUUGGAAGCGAGAAGCGGGCUUUCUGACUCCUUGCACCUGGACAAAUUCAAACCCUGAAACUUGAGUCACACUGCCACACCCUCAAUUCAGACUGUUCUUUUCCUUGCUGUUGCUUCCUGGUUCAAAAUAAAAUCAUUUUUGUGGCACCAAAA